AUGAACGGAGGAGGCGCAAACGUACCGACAAAAUACAAUAAGCAGAUCCCAAACCCCCUUCACCUGCCAAACGAUAUCCUUCAAACCGCCCUACCACCUCCCAACGGCCAUGCCCACCACAAACUUCAACCGAUCCAGACCUUACCACACUCCCAGUCACAACAACCACCGCACAUUGCCCUAUCUCGCGAACCACCCGUUCAUUCGGGCUACAGCUCCCAAACCGCUUCAACACAGUCCUCACCCAUGGCUACUCCUGUCACGCCCACCAUGCAACCGCCGUCCAUGUUUUCUAUUGGAACCUCAUCAAUACAUACAUCCUACAACCACCACGCACAGAACCGUAUGACUGGCGAAUAUACCCACCCGGCGCAACAGCAGCAGAGUACGCAGAACGAACAACAGCAGCAGCAGCACCAUUCUCAUCAUCAUCAAGGUCACCACCUGCAACAGCCGUACGCUUACCACACUACUGGAGGGAGGAAUGGAGACGUAGAGCAGCAUUCCCACAAUAAAUCUUAUAGUAAUGGAGUCAAUGGCCAUGGCGAUAUGCAGCGGGAUCUUCCAAAUUCGACAGCCACGACGCCUACGCAGAGCGCUAGGUCGACUAUGAGCAUCAACGAUCUAUGUAACAAUUCUAACGAUGACGCUGCGAGGGACCAGGAGGUUGCGUACUACUACAACGCCGACCCUGACGUUCAAAUGGCCGCAGAAGCUCUUGGUGGAUUACGAAACGGUGAUAUGGGCAGAAGACCAAUCCGACAAUCGAGCCAGGAGCAUUUCAUGCAGCGCGUUCAAAACAUCCCGCUUGUGAAUAAGUCUAUCAACCAACUCAGCACUGCGUAUGAAGCAACGAAGAAUGCCAGUAGGGUCGUGAAGUACUCGGCAGAGUCUGUCGAAACGGGUGUCAAGACGAUAACGAAGCCGGUCUUCAACAGGCUGGAACCUGCCCUUGCUCCGUUAGACAGAUUCGCGUGUACUCAAUUGGAUAAGCUCGAAAAAUCAUUCCCAUCGAUUAUGGGCUCCAGCCCCCCACCUUCAGGAUCUUACGACGCAGAACUCAACGGGCCUCCACGGAUAGAAUACAACCCCUCCCGCCCCCGCUCCCUCAGCACGUCGUCCAUGUCCUCCGUCUCGUCCAUGGACCUCCUCCAACCUCCCAACGUACCGCUCCUUGACGCGCGAUCGCCACAACUUAACGGCAGCCACGCCCCGCCACCUUCCCCAGGUGGAACGAUUCCUGGCCCGCCGCUGACCAACGCGCUGGCUCCACCGGCGUCGCCGGGUAUCUACAGGCCUGAGGAGGGACCGAUUACGACGGCACCGCAUAUUGAUCGUAAGCCGAGGAGCCGGUGGCAUCAGGUUGUUGCGGGCGUGGGAGGGAGUUUGAGUGGGUUGAUGUUGAGUGAUGAGACGAUGAGGGGGUUGAAGUAUUGUUUGCAGUGGCUUCAGUACGCUACGGAUCACAUUGAUCGUCAGGUGCAAGUCUUGAGGGAUUACCUUGCACGUGCUGGGGGAUCCGUUGCUGCGUACCUCACGGCUGGAAGCUCGGCAUCGCAGCCUACUCCGCCGCUCUCUCCCCAAGCGAACGACAUGACAGUCGCGACGGCCGGUGGCAACAAUCUUUUCACCGUGAUGGCUGCCAUUCGCCGGGAAGUUGUGGAGACCCUUCGUCGCGUGGUGGAUGUGAUUGGCCGAUAUGCUGCGUUGUACUUGCCUGGAGAGGCGCGACGUACUGUUCGUGGAUUCAUUUUGGCUCUGCCCGGUCGUUGGGCCACCUUGACGCACACCACACCCGGCUCGUCCACAGGCCUCGACGCCGACGCCGAAGCCCAGAAAGUCCUUACCCUCGCCACCGAAUCCUCCACCAUGCUGAAGGGCGUCCAAAGCAUCUUUGCGGAAACAGUUGACGGCGCAGAACGGUUCGGCCGUAACGUCGGUCCCGCCUCGGACGUCAGCGACCCCUUUGCGAACGGCGGCGGUGGCAGCAGCUCGUCGGCGUCUUCCACCAUCAACGGCGGGUCCUACAACGCUAGCGGAAGCUCCACACCUACCUUUGCGAAUGCGACAGUCAACGGAAACGGAGCAGCUGCGUCUGGGGGUACCGAGCACCCGCUCGUUUACCAGCCCGACCUGUCCUCGGCCACCGAAGCCAACACCGCCGUGGCCGUCGAACCCUCCACCAAACGCCGCAAGAAACGCAGCGGCGGCUCUUCGGGUGAUCUGAAGAGCAAGGGCAAGGCGCGUACCAGUAACGGCAUGACCGUCGAUCAAACACCCAGGCAACCGCAUCUCCCCACCAACCCGGACGCGAUGGACAUCUCCUCCUCUGCGGAUCACCACGCAGACGAUGAAGCCGCGGCGAUUUCACCGACGGCGGUGGUGGAUCAUAUGGAGGUUGAGCACGCUACUGCCUCGUCGCAUCAACGCCGACACUCGGAGAAGGCGUACUCGGAGAGCGCGGGUGCGUCUAGGCAAAACUCGCCGGAUGGGAUGGAGAUUGAUGAUUAG